CGACAGUUGAGUUCGUGUAUGCCUAUUUCUUAGUGUGCACCCGUGAAGUUUCGGGGGGCGCUUAGUUUUACCGGUUUUAACGUGAUCGAUUAAUGAAGGUGAAAGUGAUGUUGGCACAAGUGCUGUCUACGACAAUGUGGCGAGAUGAAGUACUUUCUUUACCAAGGACGACAACUUCCUCAGAGUCAUGAAGUCGAUUAUAAGCCGCUACACAGCAACACAAAAUAUACACAAUUUCCAGAAUUCAAGUCGAAUAAUAACUAGAAGGCGCGAUGAGGCAAAUAAUCAAUUGAUCCCAAAUUUGUCCAAGACAAUGUCCUGUGUUCAAUUGAUGACCUCGUUAACAUCUACAUCAUGGCCUCCCUGCACCAUGGCAACAAUGUAGAAUCGAGUCUUAGCUUUUCAUAGACCUCCGACGUAUUUUAUCCCAGCAAUAAACAAACCAACAACCGCUAAGAGCCUACCUAUGGUAGAUAGUAACUAGGUACCCAGACUGUCACCCAAUAUGCUG